AUGUUGACCAAGGUUUCCGCCAUCGCCGCCCUCGCGGCCGCCGUCCGCGCGCAGCAGGUCUGCACGCUCAACGCCGAGACCAAGCCGGCGCUGACCUGGUCCAACUGCGCGGCGGGCGGGGCCUGCACCAAGGUCAACGGCGCCGUCACCGUGGACGCCAACUGGCGCUGGACGCACCAGACGAGCGGCAGCACCAACUGCUACACGGGCAACAAAUGGGACACGUCCAUCUGCAGCACCGGCGAGGACUGCGCGUCCAAGUGCUGCCUCGACGGCGCCGACUACGCCGGCACGUACGGCGCCACGACGACUGGCGACGCCCUCAGCCUCAAGUUCGUCCAGCAGGGCCCUUACAGCAAGAACAUCGGUUCCCGGAUGUACCUCAUGGAGGGCACCGACAAAUACCAGAUGUUCAAACUGCUGGGGCAGGAGUUUACCUUUGACGUGGACGUCUCCAAGCUGGGUUGCGGCUUGAACGGCGCCCUGUACUUCGUCUCCAUGGAUGCCGACGGCGGCGCGUCCAAGCACCCCUCCAACAAGGCCGGCGCGUCGUACGGCACGGGCUACUGCGACAGCCAGUGCCCGCGCGACCUCAAGUUCAUCGACGGCAAGGCCAACGUCGAGGGCUGGGUGCCGUCGUCCAACGACGCCAACGCCGGCGUCGGCAACAUGGGCUCGUGCUGCUCCGAGAUGGACAUCUGGGAGGCCAACUCGGUCUCGACGGCCUACACGCCGCACCCGUGCGAGACGGUCGGCCAGCUGAGCUGCUCCGGCGACGCGUGCGGCGGCACCUACAGCGCGACCCGGUACGCCGGCCAGUGCGACCCGGACGGCUGCGACUUCAACAGCUACCGCAUGGGCAACACGUCCUUCUACGGCAAGGGUUCGCAGUUCGCCAUCGACACCUCCAAGAAGAUGACGGUCGUCACGCAGUUCGUCGAGGAGGCCGGCGCCCUCGCCGACAUCAGGCGGUUCUACGUCCAGGACGGCAAGGUCUUUGCCAACUCCAAGUCGGACGUCGCCGGCGUCGAGGGCAACUCGGUCACGGCGGCCUACUGCAGCGCGCAGAAGAAGGCGUUUGGCGACGAGGACGUCUUUACGCAGAAGGGCGGCCUCGCGCAGAUGGGCAAGGCGCUCGCCGAGGGCAUGGUUCUCGUCAUGUCGGUCUGGGACGACCACCACUCCAACAUGCUCUGGCUCGACUCGACCUACCCGACCAACGCCACCGGCCCCGGCGCGACCCGCGGGUCUUGUGGAAUCGAUUCGGGCGUCCCGGCCGACGUCGAGUCGCAGGUUCCCGACUCCACCGUCGUCUUCUCCAACAUCAAGGUCGGCCCUAUCGGAUCUACCUUCAACAGCGCCGGAGCUGCCGCCGUGAGUUGCCCCCCCGUCCGUCUAGUCAACCGGCCGACGUCUGAGGGCUCCUGUUUAUGUCUGUCUCUCAUGCUAGUUGAGGUCAGUGGCCUUGAUUAA